UUCGACCAGUUUCAUGAUGAGCUCAUGACUUAGCUAAUCAACAGUAGCCUAGUUAGGUGGCUUCAUCAAUGCCAUGAUGGCUAUCCCAGUAUCAAUAAGAUGGCCAUGACAUCAAAACCCUGAAAGCUUCAGCAAACCUUCAACCUUCACUGGUAUAUAUCAGAAAUGGGAACGGUGAAGCUCGAGCCAAUCGCUCCUUGCCACCUGGUGGCGCUGCCGUACCCCGGCCGAGGCCACAUCAACCCCAUGAUGAACCUCUGCAAGCUUCUCGCUUCUAAAAAACACGACCUCCUCAUCACCUUCGUCGUCACCGAAGAGUGGCACGGCUUCAUCGGAGCCGACCCGAAACCUGACAACAUCCGGUUCGCCAUGGUGCCCAACGUCAUACCCUCCGAACUCGGCCGGGCCAAGGACUUUCCGGGAUUCGUGGAGGCCGUGUGCACCAAGCUGCAAGAGCCGUUCGAGCUGCUUCUGGACCGGCUCGAGCCGGAGGUAAGCUUUAUAGUUGCGGAUCCAUUUGUGGUUUGGGCAGUGAGGGUUGGGAAUAAGAGGAAUAUUGCGGUGGCUUCGCUUUGGCCGAUGUCGGCGUCUGUGUUCUCGACGUUACACCACUUCGAGCUGCUCAAAGAAAAUGGCCACUUCCCUGCUGAUGUGUCAGUCCGUGGAGAUGAAGUAAUAGAUUACAUCCCCGGAAUCUCCACCACCCGCCUGGCAGAUCUUCCCACUGUAUUCUACGACGACGUUCAACAAGUCCUCAACAGAGCCCUUGAAGCUGUUUCCAGCACAUACAAAGCACAAUACCUCAUAUCAACUUCAUUCUACGAGCUUGAGCCCCAUGCCUUUGACACAUUGAGAGCCAAACUGUCUUCGCCGGUCUACCCUAUUGGCCCAAGCAUCCCACACUUCGAGAUUUCAAAAGGUGCUCAUGACAAUGACCUAAACUAUCUGCACUGGCUAGACUCUCAACCUAAAAGUUCUGUCAUGUAUGUCUCACUGGGGAGCUUCUUGUCUGUUUCGAAUGCCCAGAUGGAUGAAAUCAUUGCCGGGGUGAAAAACAGCGGUGUUAGGUUCUUGUGGGUGGCGCGUGGGGAUGCUUCUAAGCUGAAAGAUGGCGUUGGUGACAUGGGUUUGGUGGUGCCUUGGUGUGACCAAUUGGGGGUGUUGUGUCACUCUUCCAUUGGAGGGUUUUGGUCGCAUUGUGGUUGGAACUCAACUCAAGAAGCUGUUUAUGCUGGUCUUCCUGUUCUUACUUUCCCUAUAUUUUUUGACCAAAUCCCAAAUGGGAAGCAAAUUGUUGAGGAUUGGAAGAUCGGGUAUAGGGUGAAGAAGAAGAAAGUUGGAGGUGGAGACAUAGUGACCAGAGAGGAGAUUGCAGAGCUUCUGCAGAGGUUUAUGGAUGUCGAAAGCAAUGAGGGGAAGGAGGUUAGGAAAAGAGCAAAACAACUUCAAGAGACUUGUCAAGGAGCAAUUGCAAAGGGUGGUUCUUCUGAUUCCAACCUUGAUGCUUUUAUUAAGAAUAUUUCACGAGGUUAUAGCCCUUAAUUAAGCUCCUGAUUGUUGUAUUUCUUUCCUAUUGCUAGCUCCAUGUUUUCCGGCCAUAAGGUUCAGUCUUAGAUUGGACAACCUUGGUGGUGUUCUAAAGUGUCUUCAUCCAUUUCUUAAUAGUAAUGUUAAAAUAUGGAGUAACUUUCAAAUUGUCUCCCUUUUCAAAAAACACUUUCAAAUUGUCUCUAUUAUUAAGAAGCUGUAUGGAAUAAUUAAUGUGUAUUCCGCUGAAAGAUGUAUUUCUCAAUUUUGUGUA